CCAGCGCAGACUAAUGACGCACUGGGUAGGCGCAGGCGGUUUGCACCCGAUGGAGCGGGAGCAGUUGGUGCGGAAGGUGGUCCUGCUGCAGGCCUGCGUCCGGGGUUUCCUGGUCCGACGCCAAUUCCAAAAUCUACGGGCUGAGUAUGAGGCUGUUGUACGAGAGCUCGAGGGUGAUCUGGGUACACUGCAAUGGACUGAGGGCUGGAUUCCCAGACCUCAGUUUCUCCCACAGAAGGCAAAAUCCCAUCGGACCUGGAAAGCCAGAGAGAGGGUACCAAAGCCAGAACAGGAACUAUGGAGCUGCUUCUCACGGAAGGAGCCCGAGAGAGACGUCACCCCGGGGGAGAUGAUGCUGAAGAAGUCAGGAGUGAGCUCGGCAAACUCAGACAGUCUUCCCUGCAGAGAUGAGAGCCCGUGGCUUCAGGAUGAGCAGAGCAGGAAAACCAGGAAACCCAGCCAAGAGAAGACCAGAGACAUGUCAAGGAUGGAGAACCCAGGUUCGUCUCUGCUAGAUCAAGAAGCUGCGGGUCCAAGACUGCCCCACAGCCCAGCUGAGCUCCAAGAGCUCCAGUACCGCCGCAGCCACUUGGCCAUGGAACUGCUCUGGCUACAGCAGGCCAUCAAUAGCCGUAAGGAGUACCUAACUCUCAGACAAACACUGCAAUCCCCGGAGGCAAGCCCAGACCACAGGGGACAGGCCCGUGAGAGAGCUGGGUCACAGCCAGGCCCGCCACUGGAAGACCAGUGCUGCAGAGCCAGAACGGCUGGAGAGCCAGGCCACGCAGGUGCCUCUUGCUGGAGGCUCAAGUCACAACCCCACAAAUCCCCAGAAAGACUGGCCACUACAGAUGAAGCUGCUGUCGGGAACAAGUACAGGGACCCAUGCCACAGGAGGGCUGGACCACAGCUGCCCAUGCCGUCAGAUAACUGGGCCAUGGAGAAUAGGCUCACCAAAGAGCCACACCAUGGGGACCAGACCCCUAAAGGCCUCAAGCCUAAGGGCCCCUGUUCUGGAAAGGCCAAAACACAGCUGCCCACACUCUAUGCGGACCCAAAUAUUGAAGAUAGGUCUCCCAGGGGGCCAGACCACAAAAAGCCUGAGUGCCAACGAGCUAAGCCACAGCAGUUGGACCUCUCAGAAGACCGUGUCAUCUGGGAUGGGACUUCGGCAGAACAUGGUGGCCAGGAUCUCUGGAAGACUAAACCACCCAAGGGCCAGACCCCCUGUAAUAACAGCUCCAGAGAUAGAGCUUCCAAGGAGCCUAGCACUGAAGGAUGGGAAAACCAGAAGACUGGAUCAUGGAGAUCAAGCCACCUGAAAAACUGCCUUCCCCAGGGUCAGACAGCAUAGGAGAGAACCAUUGGAGUGGCACGCUGUGGAAAACAGGACCACCAGGCUAGUCCCUGGGGAGGCGCAGGUUCCAGAGGGAGAUGCUGUGAAAGGGCAAGGAGACAGGUCCUCAUCCUCGAUCUCUGUUACCACCUCCACCUCCUGCCCCUCCCUUGGUGGCCAAUGGGGCCAAGAAAUGCUGGAGCAAAAAGCUGGCACCAGUACAGGCAGAGGAAGGAGAAGGACAUGCUUUCAUCCUCUGCCUGUGGCUCAAUAUGAACUCUGGACGGGGAGUUACCUGGUUAAGUGGGAGGCCUGAUGGAGAAUAAAGGUUCUUCUUGGAUCCUGA